AAUUUAAUAUCUGCUACGUUGGUGGGUGAAUGAGCCAAGCUGCUCCAUCAUACCUUUAUUUCACCGUAACUUAAUUAAUUAUAUAUAUCUCAUAUUAUUGCUCGCUAUAUGCCUACCAUUCACGUAGCAUAACAGUGUGUCCAGUCCCAAAUAGAGUACCUUAUUUUGGAAACAGGUAGAAUAUAUCGUAUGAUGGUUAUCACCUAUUUUAUCGAUAUCACCACUUUUAUUAUCAAUAUUUUUUGCAUUACUAUCUUUAUCAUUAUUUUUACCACUAUUAUUUUUAUUAUCAUUGACAUUAUUGAUAUAGUCGUUAUUAUUGGCAUCAUGUCAUGCAAACAGAAAAUACAAAAGAGAGAUCUCACGAGUCGAGCUGUACACAGACAUAAUCGUCCACACGGUUACGAGUCGAGUGGAAUUUAUACAUAAUACUGGAUGAUGUGAGAGAGCAAGACGGAAGAACAAUAAUAUAUAUGGGAUAACUCAUGUCGAGUUGAACGAAAAAAUCAUAUUUUCCCUGUGAACAUCUGAAAUUGUCUCGUUCUCGAUACAAUCAAAGUGGGAUCAAUUUUUUUUGUUUUCAACACGGUAGAACAAUCAAUUUCCAAUGAAUCAGAUUUUCCAAGUCAACGGAAAUAGAGAUCCGUGUCAAGAAAUUUUCUCUGAAAUAAACUCGACCCUUGUGAUACCUACUUUUAUUGUGCGUAAGAAUGGAAAAAUCUGAGAUGGUCGGGAAAAAAUAUAAUUUUUCCGUAGGAUUUGACAUAAGUUUCCCAUAUGAUAUAUAUUUUAUAUAUGGGGGGGAUCCGACUUAACUCAACCACUCUACAGUCUUCACCCCCUGGGAUUCGACCGAAACUUUUUUCCCCGCUAGAACUCGAACACGACAUAUUUUUUUAAGAGGUUUUUUGAGUGCUCUUUACGAUGUAUUUAUUUUUCAGAAUUUCACGAUAUUCAAAAUUGCUGAAAAUCAUAUUUCCAUAAAAACAAUACGGAUUUAUCCUUCAUCCAAUUUCUGACAGAAAGAAGUGUUUUUAAAUCGUAUAAUCGAGAAAUAUCGAUCUCGUGAUUUCGAGAGCUUUUCUUUUGUUUCGAUACUUUUUCAAACACCAAGAGUUGUCGGACCUUGCCUACAGAUGGUGUUUGCAACAGUUUACCAGUUACAAAAGUUUUCAAAUUAUUUUGGAAGAAUAGAGAAGAACCAUUGAAAAAUGAAACAUAUUCCAAUUCUGCGAGGUAGUUAAACAUGUCAAUAAUUGUGAAAUGUGAGUUUCUCUGUUCUCAAUCCACGGAUAAGAGUUGUUGGACGAAAAGUCGAGGUCAGUUGAGGCUCAUUACGAAACUGGAGAAGCAUGGGGAAAUUGAAGCUCAAUUCUAUCCGAAUAAGAGAUACUUGUCCCAGUUUGGAUACUUACCGCCGGUGAAUCCGGCCAGCGGGGGUAUAAUAUCCGAGGAAACCAUGUCCAAGGCCAUCUCGGAGUUCCAGUCGUUCGCUGGAAUCAAUAUCACCGGCAACUUGGACGGCGAGACCGCUCACCUGAUGUCCCUACCGAGAUGCGGCGUCAAGGACAAGGUCGGACCGAGUACGGACGGCAGAUCGAAGAGAUACGCUCUCCAAGGGUCGAGAUGGAAGGUCAAGAAACUGACCUACAAGAUCAGCAAGUACCCUAAGAUAUUGGACAGGACGGCGGUGGACAACGAAGUCGCGAAGGCCUUCUCCGUAUGGUCGGAUUACACGGACUUGAGUUUCUCGCCGAAAAGCGGACAGGUGAGCGACCGCGAGAUCCCCGGAGCUUCGGCUCACCCCGGCCGAAUCGUUGAGUCUAAUCUCGCUCGCGCUUUCCAGGUUCACAUCGACAUCAGGUUCGAACGUGGCGAACACGGCGACGGGGAUCCCUUCGACGGACCGGGCGGUACCCUCGCCCACGCGUAUUUCCCCGUUUACGGCGGCGACGCCCACUUCGACGACUCGGAACAGUGGAGUAUAGACAGCUACCGGGGGACGAACCUCUUCCAGGUGGCGGCCCACGAAUUCGGACAUUCCCUGGGGCUGAGCCACAGCGACAUCAAGUCGGCCCUGAUGGCGCCCUUCUACCGGGGAUACGACCCGAACUUCAUGCUGGACAGCGACGACAUUCAGGGGAUACAGGCGCUCUACGGCCCCAAGACUCAGCAUUCGGGGAGCGGAUCGAACAACCAUCGCACCACCGUAGCCCCCCCCGGGGAAGAAGAUCCGCAACUUUGCACGGAUCCCCAAGUCGACACGAUGUUCAACUCAGCCGAGGGUCACACCUACGUGUUCAAAGGUGAGCAUUACUGGAGGUUGACGGCCGACGGAAUCGCCGCUGGUUAUCCCAAACUCAUCGGUACGACGUGGAUAGGGCUCCCCGGCAGCAUAGACGCCGCCUUCACUUACAAAAAUGGAAAAACCUACUUCUUCAAGGGUUCCAAGUAUUGGAGGUACGUCGGGAGGCGGAUGGACGGUGAUUACCCGAGAGAGAUCAGCGAGGGCUUCACCGGGAUUCCGGACAACAUCGACACGGCCACGGUGUGGACCGGCAACGGAAAGAUCUACUUCUACAAAGGUACGAAAUUCUGGAGGUUCGAUCCCGCCCAGAGGCCGCCCGUCAAGAGUACCUAUCCGAAGCUCAUCUCCAACUGGGAAGGCCUACCCGACAAUCUGGACGCCGCCCUACCGUACAACUCGUACACCUACUUCUUCAAGGGUGGUGCCUACUACCGGUUCAACGACAGGACGUUUUCGGUGGACCAAGCGGAUCCGGCGUUCCCGCGUGCCAACGGAUACUGGUGGUUCGGUUGCCGUUCGGCGAGCAAAGGGACGCUAGGUAAUGUGCAGUGGUUAGGAGAAACUCCUUCCGUAGUUACCAAUGGCAACCUGGUGGAGGUCGGUGGCGACCUUCUCGGGGGCGAGGAAGCGCACGGAGACGUCGGUGACAUCAUUUUAGACGCAGGAAGAACCGACGAGGAACUGUCAACGUCCUCCAACCCUGACGCGGCGAGUUCGGUUGCGCGGAGCCAUAUUGUAUCCGGAAGUUUAACGUGGCCAAUAAUCGCCGCACUCGCUGUGGUUCUCAUCGUGUGCCUCGGUGGCGCCUCUUAGUUUCCGAGGUACUUUUUAGCGUGCAGCGAAAGAUUAAACCAUUAAAGGAAGAUUACGAGACUUUGCCUAGCUACGAUGGAUCCAUCUUAGCGCCAUAGUCAGCGUGACGUAUCUUGACAAAUCUAAUGGAACCAAGAACUGGAAAUCGCGGCUGUUGUAACUGAGAACGCGGGGGCAACGGGGCCGCGCGAUUUCAAACUGAACCGCGAUUAUCGAACGAAGAUACUCGACUAGUCGAAUUACAUCGAGUUGAACAGUCGAUUAUUGACCAUUUGAAUUUGAAUUCACCGCCGGUCCGACGAACACCGUAGGAUACAAGGCCUUCGGUCAUCGUUGUUGUCUAAUAACGUAAUUAUUACGUACACAAAUCUCGUUGUACAUAUACAAUUAUUACGUACAUAAAUCUCGUAAUAAACGAGAUCGUGUUGACCCCAUCGGUGCAACCACGGCCGUGAGGAUCAUCUAGCCUUGUACCUGAAAGAGGAAAAUGGUUUUUCAGGAUUGAUGGCGAAAAUAGUAUACAUAUAUUACUAACGUCAAUUCGAAUAGUUUAUCGCAAGCUACGGCAUCCCUUUCUUUUCUUCGAUUUUUCGUGUUCAGAAGUGGAAUCUAUCAGAUCUGCAUUGCGUCCCACUGCCGCCUUUUACCAAUGUAGCGAACUUGAAUUAAUUAUUAUUGUAACGAUUAUCAUUAUUAUUGUCGUUGUUAUUAUCAUUACCACCACCACCACUUCUACUACUAUAGUUAUUAUUAUUAUCAUUAUUAUUGUUGUUGUUAUUAUUAUUAGCAUUAUUGUCGUUAUCUUCGUCAUCGUCAUUAAUGCCCCCAUCGAAAUUACCCUUAUCAUUGUCGUAGAUUUUUGCGUUUUCAUCAAUACUACUACUAUUAUGUUUUUCACCACUGUCCCCCAUCAUUGCCCCUUUUCAGACGCGACACUUUCAACCGAACUUCGAAUGGAGAUUCCUAGAGGCUAGAUGUAACGAAUACUGAUAAUUUUCAUGAGAAAUAGGUCUUGUUGAACCGUGAAAUAAUUCUAUUCACUGUCGUAAUCCUACAUACAUUGCGAUUUGACGGUCAACGGUAUUGCAUUGUGAUUGAAUAAUUAUUGUUGUAAUCCUACUUAUACACGCUAUGUGGAAUGUGGUCGAUAACGCGUUACACACUCUAUGAAUACUCAGGUGAUACAGUGUGUUGAGAGAAUAAUUGUUGUUGAAAUGUGACUAAAUUUUAUUUUUUAAGUAGCAUGUAGUAAUUAGCUAGAAGCUAUGGUCCACUGCUGUGCGCAGCUUCCAUUGAGGGGAUACGCAAUAUCAACCUUCGAACGAAUCUGUCUUUAAAGUCUUCGAUCUUACUGACCCAAAAUAAAAUUACAAAGGCAAGUCAUCGCGAAAUUCUAUUAUAGUUCAGUGCGAAAUAGCAUCACAAUGAUACGCAAUGUUUGAAGAUUGAUCUCAAUGACAUUGACUGAUAAUCCAUGCGUGCUCACAGUAUAGUCGUCUGUACGUGAGAUCGGUGAGCUGUGGAUUUCACUUUGUAAAGUACUGGGAUCAGUCUAUCCUCUUUGUUCCUUUCCCAAUUAUUAUUAAACAUCAAUGUCUUUAAGUAUUGUUAUCGCAAGGUUGCGUAAUUUUUAUGCUAAAAUAUUAUCAAACUACGUUAUCAAAUUUACAAUUUUUAAUUAAAGAGCCAAAAGAACUCAUGUUCGGUUUGUUAUCGAUGAGGAUUAUAAUUGAUGCGUGAUUACUUAUGAACUGGUACCGGUGAGGUGAAUAAUUACCGGUGCCAAAUUCGAGUCUUGUACUAUAAUGAUCUAUAUCCUGUAUUUAUUAUCAAUAAAAUCGAAUCGAUUUCGCAUGAGAAUUA